CCGUGCCCGGUUAAGCGGCGGAUUGGGGGGGCGGUGGGAGCGCGCGGCGGCGGCGGUGGGCUCUGAGCGCGGCCCCCAUGGAGCUGCUACGGAAAUGGCUGGGCCACCCCGAGGACAUCUACAACCUGCUGCGCUUCAAGAUGGGCGGCUACCGCGCCGUCAUGCCGCGGAUGGACCCGGACUCGCUGGGAUGUGGCCUCCGCACCUGCUACCGCUACCUCAACCAGACCAGCCGCAGCUUCGCCGCCGUCAUCCAGGCCCUGGACGGAGAGCUGCGACAUGCAGUGUGUAUAUUCUACCUAGUUCUCCGUGCCCUGGACACUGUAGAGGAUGACAUGAGCAUCCCCUUGGACGUCAAGGUCCCGAUGCUACACGAGUUCCACUCCCAUCUCUACCAGCCAGACUGGAAGUACACAGAGAGCAAGGAGAAGGACAGGCAGGUGCUGGAAGACUUCCCCACGAUCUCCAUGGAGUUCAGAAACCUGUCCAAAGUCUACCAGGAUGUGAUUUCGGAUAUUUGCCACAAGAUGGGUGUUGGGAUGGCAGAGUUCCUGGAGAAAAAGGUGGAUUCUCAGCAUGAGUGGGAUAAGUAUUGUCACUACGUUGCUGGGCUGGUGGGGAUUGGCCUUUCCCGUCUCUUCUCUGCAUCAGAGCUGGAAGAUCCCAUCGUGGGGCAGGACACAGACCUGGCAAACUCCAUGGGCCUCUUCCUACAGAAAACCAACAUCAUCCGUGACUAUCUGGAGGACCAGCUGGAGGGAAGGGAGUUCUGGCCCAGAGAGGUUUGGAGCAGAUACGCAGAGAAGCUCUCAGACCUUGCCAAGCCAGAGAACAUCAACGUGGCCGUGCAGUGCCUCAACGAGCUCAUCACCAACGCCCUCCACCACGUCCCCGACGUCCUCACCUACCUGUCCCGCCUCAAAAACCAAAGUGUCUUCAACUUCUGCGCCAUCCCCCAGGUGAUGGCCAUUGCCACGCUGGCUGCCUGCUACAACAACCAGCAGGUGUUCAGGGGGGUGGUGAAGAUCCGCAAGGGCCAGGCCGUCACCCUCAUGAUGGAUGCCACCAACAUACAAGCUGUCAAAGCCAUCAUGUACCAGUAUGUGGAAGAGAUCUACCAGAAGAUCCCGAGCACAGACCCCUCGUCCAACAAGACUCAGCAGGUGGUGGCCUCCAUCCGCGCCGCCAGCUUGCCCGGUGGCCCCAUGGCCUCCCGCCACCACUACUCGCCCAUCUACCUGUCCUGUGCCAUGCUGCUGGCUGCCCUCAGCUGGCAGUACCUCAGCACUCUCUCCAAGGCCACCGAGGAGUACCUGCCAGCAGGGGACAACUGAAGGGCCGGCUGGGGGGACAGGCGGUGGCAGACAGGCAGCAGGGCCUCCUGCUCCCUUGCCCUGGGGGUGGCCCGGCGCUGGGCACUGGGACGGUGACAAGGAGGGGACACCGGGGAGCUGCAGCCCCGGGGUGAUGGUGUGGCAGUGCUGGGCUCCGUCCUCACCGCCCUUGUUGUCUGCUUGGAUGGCUGCAAAUGCUGAUUGGAGUCUUAGUGUUUGGGGUGGAGUAUUGUUUUUUUCCCAUUUUUUCCUGUUUACCUGAAUAUUUUGGGUUGUUGGGUUUUUUUGGUCAUUUUUUGGUUUUUUUCCCCUUUUCUUUUUUUUCCGUUAGGAUGGUUUGAAAUAGAAACUCCAGUUGUUUCUUUUCUUCCUUGAGAUGUGAGGCAUCUUUCCAGCUCAGAGCUGAGCUAAACCCUGAGGGUUUUGCCUCCGUUUCUUAGGCAGCCUCUUCGCCCUCACCUCUGGUGCCUGCUCUGUGCUGGAAGGAUGUUGCUUCAGCUGGGAGAGGAACGUGCUCCCUUAUCCAAGGAAAAAGCUCUGGCCACUUUCUGGCCCUCAGUGAUUGAUAUCCUGCAGCCUGGAAACAGGCAGAGGCCACAGUCACGUUUCUGUUACGCUGAAGGAUGCUGAAAUGAGCCCUUUAAAUAUUAAAUAUAUGGGAGGUGAGGUACUGUGUCCACCUGAACGUGCCCCUAGCUGAAAGGCAGCUGUGCAGCUCCCUGCCUGGGGACAGGUGGCCCCUGCAGUGACACAGCUCUUGUUUCAGCACUGGGGAGGUGGCAAGAAUGAGCAGGGACCUGCCAGCACAGCCCUGAGCUCAUAACCCCAGGCCUGGCUCCACAGCAGGCUCUGGGCUCUGCGCUGGCUCAGCCCCAGGGGAUGGGUGGUCGUGGCAGAGCAAGGCAGGGGAGUGAGAGUUUGCACGCUGCUGUCCCUCGUGGGAUGCUUUUUUAGGGGGGCACUGAUCACCCUGGAAGGCAGAAAGGAUCCCUGCCAUGAGCUGGGAAGGCUGGAGCCACCGAGGGCUGACCAGGGCAGGUUUCCCUGGCCCACUUGGCUCUGGUUUUGGGUCAGACUGAGCUGCAAGAGGCUCCCACUGCUGUCCUCAAACGCAUCAAGCUGGACUUACAAGAGGAAACAACACUCUAAAGGCAAGUCCUGUUCUCCUAGGGUGGAUUGUUGUUUUCAAGUCCCUGCCCACCCCCUUCAAAGCUGCUUUGUUGUUGUGAAGGGAAGGAGAGCCCAUGUCCUGGUCCAGGACAGAGGUACCAGGUGCAGGGUGGUGGCCUUGGCAAGGCCAAGCCCUGUGGCCAGGCUGUUACUCAGAAGGAGAGCCCCUGCUCCACAGUUCCUGGUGUAGAUAGUUUUAAGCUGUUGUUCUCAAGAAACUCGCGGUAGCUCUCUUUGUGCAGCUUCCCGUCUUGUUGAAAUUAAAAGUUUUCUUUGGGAAAAAAAAUUUAUUAAAGUGCUGGAUCAUCUUUGUAUUUUUUUUUAAUUUGCAGCUGUCUUGUCUUUUACAUCACUAAUUUCCCCACAAGUAACAAGCCCUCAGCUCAUGAAAUUCCCGUGCUCCCUUGGUGCCAACUCUGGGUAUCAAACUACAGCCCCAUGUGCCAGACCUGGAAGAAUUUUAACCACAGGGACAGCUGAGGGUCUGUAAAUUCACUUUGAAAGGAGCAGUGGCACAGCCCUGGGCUGCUGGCAUGUGCUCCAGGGCCCUGGUGCCUCCUCAGGGAUGCUGGGGACAAGUCCUGGCUGCUCUCAGCUCGGGGUGGAAGCACCUUCCCCACCAGCAGCACACACCCCAGGGGUGGCUGUCACCAGCAGGGCCACAGGACAGGGCUGGCAGUGACCACACUUGCACAAGGGAGGGCAUUCUGCCCCUCUGCCCCCUCAGGUGAGACCCCACUGCAGAGCUGCUUCCAGCCGUGGGGCCAACAGCAGAAGGACGUGGAGCUGCUGGAGCAAGUCCAGAGGAAGCCACAGAGUUGCUCUGAGGGCUGGAGCUCCUGGAGCCAGGCUGAGAGAGCUGGAGAAGAGAAGGAUCCAGGGAGAGCUCAGAGCCCCUUCCAGUGCCUAAAAGAGCUCAGGGAGAGCUGGAGAGAGACUUGGGAUAAGGGAUGGAGGGACAGGACACAGGGAAUGGCUUCCCACUGCCAGAGGGCAGGGUUAGAUGGGAUAUUGGGAAGGAAUUCUUGGCUAGGAGGGUCAGAGGCCCUGGCACAGGGUGCCCAGAGCUGUGGCUGCCUCUGGAUCCCUGGAAGUGUCCAAGGCCAGGCUGGAUGGGGCUUGGAUCAACCUGGGAUAGUGGAAGGUGUCCCUGCCCAUGGCAGGGGGUGGGACUGGAUGAGCUUUAGGUCCCUUCCAACCCAAACCAUUCUCUGAAGACAGAAGGGUCUCACUUGGCUUCCACUCCAGACAACCAUCUGAGGUGGCAAAAGCCAAGCAGAAGCAACCAAGAGCCAGGAGCCAAGACUCUGGAGAAAUCAUUUAUUGGCACAGGUGUUCCAGCCAAGUACAGCACAGCUCUGCCUCACUGGUGCCUGAGCAAGCAGAGGUAAAGGGGCUAUUUUACAGUGCAUGGAGAGCCUGCUUCACACAUUUCAGACCCAUAGCCUCAGCUCAGUAAUAUAUUUUGAGUUUUUAAAUCAAAAAAAAAGCUCUUUGCUAUAUUAGUGUUGGCAAAUCACGAUUCCUCCUUUACACAACCUAUUACACCUCCCCCCAGUAACAAAAAUAAGGUUUUUUACCUUCCUUAAUGCCUGUGGCUCAAGAAAAAAAAGCUUUAAUCGUGUCCAAGUUAGUGAGACACCUCCAAGCAUCUACUUGAGCUCCCUGCAGCAGACUAGGGAACCAUCCCUCAGCUCAGCCCUCAGCACCUGCAGCCCUAAAGCACCCCAAAUUUGGCUGCUGCACCUUUGCCCAGGCAUGACCUGCACACAUGAAGCUGCUCAGCCACAGAGAAAAAGGCUUUGCUCUUCCCAGCACCCUCCCAGAUGCUUGCAGGAUAUUUGACCAAAGGCUCAUGGAGCUUCAGGCAGGCCCUUCCCCAGCAUCAAUAACCCUAGACUACAGCAGAUAAAAAAAGCCAGUGAAGAGUUGAGGAAGAAGUGGUUUAAAAAGCCAGAAGGAUGGAGCAGAGCAGGCAAUGCACAAAGGAUGUGGUGCAGGCAUCUCUGGUCAGAACCACCCUCACAUCAAGUUCAACAGUAUUUUGACGUUAAUAGGUCUAAUUGUAGCUGAUUCAAGGCACACACUCACAGGAAAUUCUUCCCUGCUCGUUCUGGGUGCUAACAGUCAGAUCAACCCAUCUGGGGGUGCACAAAUCACCCCUGGCCAUGGCUUUCCAGCAGCAUCCACCUCUGCUACCCCACCAAGUCCCUAAUUCCUCACAAAGUUCCUGUUUCCUGCCCUCCCAGUAGCAGCCCGAGCUGGAAGGGGUCCAGGCUAACCAAAUUCCAAGAGGCCAGUGAGCUCUCCAGCAGUCCUCUGAGCAGGGAAUGCCCCAAUGUCCUGCUGUGACCCACCAGAAGCAGGAGGCUGGCAGAGAGCAGUUCCACCUCCAGCUCCACCGUACAAUUUAAAAACCAAAAACAAACCCAAAAAUUAAAAAAAAAAAAAAAACAAAAAA